CAAGUCACUUUCACCAGUUCAUUUCCAAGUGUGGCUUAGUGUGUAUGCUUUCAUACGCCAGGUAGGCGCGGGGGGCGGUUUCCCGCGCACGCGCCGAUUACAUAUUUUAGGUUCAGAUAUAGUUCAGAUACAUUGUUGAUUGUAUUCCGUUAGCCAGUAAAUUUUUAUCUCAAACCGUUUUUAUCAUAUGCAUGAACGUUAGUGCUCUUUAUAGGUAUUCUAGUCAAUGUUUGGAUUGAAAUGGAGUCGAAUCGAGAACUGGAAAUGGAUGGAAUCGCUUCCGAUGUUCGAGUACAUGAUAUUUUUCAUCCAACUCCAGUACCCCUGAAAGAUCUAUCAGCGAUCGCCGUUAGCCUCGAAAUAUGGCGUUGUAAAACGAAUGAGUAUCGUGAUAAUUGCAAAUUGAAAGAAUUUUGUCCAUCUGGUGAACCCAUCUUAUUGAAACAAAUGCUGCCGUAUUUGCCAUCUGUGAUUUAUACUGCGAUCGAUAAAUACGUCAGAAGAUUUGGGCGUUCGAUGGAAAAUUGGCUGAAAGAGCAUCAUAAAAGAAUAUUCUAUUUUUAUUACUACCACCAGAAUUCAGUUUUGGAACACUUCGACGAAUUUGUAUGCGAUUACACCGGUGCUGUUGAUUACGUGAGGACAGCCGAACGCAUGAUGCAUUGUCAUCCAUUUGAUGAGAAUCGAAAGUUUAUGAUUGCUUGUACAUAUUUUUUCGAAGACGAUAUCAGACGACUUUGGCCAUUAGUGUCGAGAAGCAUGGACUUGAAUACUAUGGAUUUUUCCAAUAGUCCACAAUUGUAUUACUGGAUUUGUUGUCUGCGAAAUGAAUUAAAUAAGAUUCCAUCUAACGAAGUGAACAUUUCUGUCGAUGAAGUGAUGUUUGAAGUAAACAUGCCUCAAAAUGGGCCAUCGUUACAGUAUUUUUGGAAUCGUAUGCCAUUGCAAAAUCGAAUGCGAAGAGCUCUCGGUAUUUUCACCCGUGAUAAACUAUCUUUUGCUCGAUUCAUUCUACCAAACUUGGACGAUCAACAACUCGAAGAAUUUGUUAAUGAAAGAAGCCAUAAACUAAUGAGUAAUCUAUUUGAGAACGUUUGGUGCGAUAAAGAAUUGGUUCUGCUAGCCUGGAUGCACAUUAGAAAAGCCAUAAGCGUAGAUGGGUUUACGAAACUGGCCGUGAAAAUGUUGCAAAAUGAGCUGAAGGUAUUUCCUGUUGAGACCACCACAGAUACAGAUCGUGAAUCGAGGAUUCAGUUUGAUUUGUGUUGUGAAAUAUGGAUCAGUUCUCCGGAAAAUUUGAAACGUUCGGCGGUUGUAGAAAUCAUAUCUAAUAAGAGGUUGUUUAGUAACUUGGUCGCUCGUGUUUCCAAUACUGAAGAAAUCGGAUUCUUACCGAUUUUUCUAUCGGAUGCCACUUCUGCGGAGAGAAGUAGAUUUUGGUUUGAUUGCUGGGAGGAUUUGGUCGAAAGUGCGCGAUGCAAAGAUUUGGCCAAAAUAAUGAAACUGUGUUUCGAAAACGAACAUGAUAGAACGCAAUUCAAAGAGAACAUUAUGGCCAAUAGUCGCAGGGUCCAUUGCUUUUGUAGUAUGUUAUUGCAGUGGUUGUGCUUCGACCAAUUGAAUAAUUUUGCCAGUUUUUUAUGGUCUGAUGUACAAAGGGCUAGAAGUUUUAAACAACAGAUACUACGGAGCACUUUUCUUGGCUCAAAUGAUACUAUUAUUGAUAGGACUUUUCGUGAAACGAAGGAACUUAAUAAAUUCAUUGAAGAUGCUUUUGCCAAUGCCGAACUAUCUACAGACUUCAAAAAUCAACUCAUGUCGUUACCUGAAAUACAAAGAAGUUUGUCGCAACUUUCGCUAUAUGUACCCUUUGAGCUCCUAGUCGAGUUCAUCGACACAUUCGUUUCGUUAGAAACUACCCUACUGGAGAUGAAAGCGCGUAUAAUUGAUGAAUUGAAAGAAAGAGCAGCUAAUUGUAAAUCGUCGAGGUGCGAAUUUUAUCACACUCCACUUUUAUUAUGGUGUUUGGGUAGCCAGGAAGAAGUUGCCAAAUUCAAGGAAAAUUAUUUAUGAUCCUUCAAAGUUACAUUUCUGCUUGAAAUUCGUUGUAAAGUUUUUUCUCUACGAUCAAUGAGAUUGUUAUUGUUGUAAAUUUUGUUUUGCCGGGUCAACUACGAGUAUUUGAAUUUUUUGGCGAUUUUUUUCUAAUUGUAUUGUUUGGUUAUUUUUCUCCAUUUUAUCUCGAUUAUUAUAAGUGUUCAGUGUUCACAUAUGUAUUUAAAUGGGAACUUUUUUAAAAAUGAUUUGUGUGAUAUUUUAUUGUAAUCAUUAAUCAAUUAUCUACCUAUCCUAUAGUUCUUUUGUUUUAUAAUAAUAUGCGUGAAAAAUACUAAUUCUCGAUGUGAUCCUAAUCUGCAAUAAAUUAAAAUCUACCAUUACGCGUUAA